GAAUAGUCCGUCGUCAUGUGUGCUCCAACGUAACAACCCUAGGCCUACCUUCCAAGUUUGUGAUAAUAUAAUUAGUAUUGUUUCAAAAUGAUAGUAUUCUUUUAGUUUAUUCUUAAUUUUCUUUUACAAUACUAUACCUUUCUUCCAUUUAAAAUCUUUAGUAUGCACUGGUAAUGGCACCACUUUGUGGUUAUUUAGUGUUUGCAAAAUGUUGAGGUUAUGCUGGGGAAUCCAAGAACAUAGGCCUAGCCUACAAGGCACUUAGCAUUUUUGUAACCUUGUUAUUUUUUUUACGCCAACAAAAGAUUGCUUUGUGUUAUUUUUUUUUUUUAUUAAUAAUUACCAAAAAGUUGAAAAGUCAAGUUAGGCUAAGCCUAGGAUAUCAGUGAAAUGUCAUCUCUCAUCCAUCUAGCAAGGAAUCCCAGGUAUCCCACCUAUGAAAAGUUGGAACUGCAAGAUGAAGGGUCCCCAACAGCUCCAAGACGAGUUAAGGUUUAUGGUCCGAGCCGUUCACAAAAGCGUUGCCUCGUAUACUCAACCAUUUUUCUACUCAUCACAUUAGUUUUCGGUUACUUACUUAUCCUCUUAUCUACUUCACAUAAGACUGGAGCGAUAGACUCCAUCCUACUGACAUUGGGGCUACACAAGAGUGUUUACGCUAUCGUUAUAGAUGCUGGAAGCACUGGUUCUAGAGUCCUAGCUUUAUCCUUCCAUCAAUCUUUGCUAGAUAGCAGUUUGAAAUUAGAUGAUGAGUUAUUCGUUGAAGUGAUGCCAGGACUCUCGGCAUAUGCUGCAGAACCACAUAAAGCAAAAGAGCAGAUUGAAAUACUGCUAGAGAAGGCGGAGACAUUCAUUCCGGAGAAGUAUUGGUCAAGCACACCUCUAGUGUUGCGGGCGACAGCUGGACUUAGACUGCUGCCGGAGGAACAAGCCAAUGAGCUAUUGCAUCAGGUCCGUAUUUUGUUUGAAGAGUCGCCGUUCCACACAACGGAUAAUUCUGUAGCGAUCAUGGAUGGUUCCGACGAAGGAUUGUUUGCAUGGGUCAACGUAAACUUCCUUCUAGACAGGUUGUUCGGAGAGCCGAGGCAGAUGUUGGUAGCCCUGGACCUCGGUGGAGGAUCUACGCAGAUCACGUUUCCUCUAAUCUCGGAAAAAGAACACUCACAAUACUCGAGUGAGGAUGUUCACCCAAUGCAGAUGUUUGGUCACAAGCUGUUUGUGUAUAGUCACAGCUAUCUUGGACUAGGGCUGAACGCUGCUCGUAAGGAGAUACUUCUUCAUGGAAACCCGACAGGAGCUACGCACCUGGCCAGCGAGUGUGUGAACCCUAUCAUCAAGAACAAGAGCUUAACCUACGCAGGGGUUGAGUACAAAGUGAGUGGCCCAUUAAAUCCAGAAGUUCUGAAAAAGAAGAGAAAAAAUAUUGAAGGGGGCGUUGAAGAAACCCCUAUAGUGAGAGUUAAGGAAUGCUCUGACAUUAUAAAAAACUAUAUCAGCAGACAGAAUAUGUUGAAGCCUACUGAACUUCAAAAUUUUGAAAUUAUCGCAUUUUCCUACUUCUUUGACAGAGCGACUGAAGUAGGGCUUAUAGAUCCCUUUACUGGAGGAACAGUUACUUUAAAAGAUUUGAAGAGGGAAGCCACUAAUUCUUGCCUAGACCCAAAUGUGGACAGACCCUUCAUGUGUGUUGAUCUUCUAUUUAUAACUAUUCUAUUAGAAGACGGAUACGGUAUGACUCCCGACACAAAAAUUAAGAUCGUAAAACGCAUCGACGGCCAUGAGGUCAGCUGGUCAUUGGGUGCGGCAUUCCACAUCCUCCAGAACGGAGUAUAACAACGACUAGAUUUAGGUGAAUUUUACCACUUGAGACCAUUGUGCCUUUACAACACACAUGGCUGUUUUACUAACUUGUAGGCUUAAUAGGUGAUAUUUUUUAGAGUGUUUUAUUUUUAUGAGAAACUAUUACAAUUUAAAUAUAUUGAAAACUCAUUGAAGUUCUGCAAAGAAUAGUUAAGACUGCCAAUGCUUGUGGCGAUUUGUAUAGUUGAAAAAGCGAAAGUUUCCUAGUAAGGAGGGAGGAUGUUGUUUUUUUACUGUUUAUGAAACCUACUGUCCUAGUUUUUUGUAUAAAAUAUUUGUGUAAUUAACGCUUGGGAAACUCUUAUAGAAUGGUCCUUGAUACUGGUUGUGCUCACAAACAAUACAUCACAAAAGUAGAAAUUUUCGUGGUCUUCAACCAAAGUGGUCAGACCCAGGUGAGCCAGUGACUAUGAAAAUUUCUACUUUUGUGAUGUUUAUUUUAUGUGUCUCUAUGGACUUAUUUUAAGGUAGACCUGCUUUCCUGUCAAUUUCCUUUACUAUAAACACUUUUUUCAGUUAGCUAAAUGAUGAUUUUCAGUCGAUAAAUAAAUAGUCUUCAAAUGCAUUUAAUUACAAUUCAAAAGUCAGAUUUGUUUAAGCCCGUUUCUUCCUCCUCCUCCAUGUUACCAAGUACCAUCGAAUGCUGUUACAAAAGUGACCAAUGCUCUGUGUUGUUUUUACAUCAGCUUUUUAGUGUAAGAUUGUAAAAAAAAAACACAAAAAUUAACUAGACCUUCUUAUACAUCUGAAAAAUGUACUUACGUUAAGUUAACACUUAGAAUCUAUAAGUUGUUCCAAUAAUUAUUUGAAAGGUCGCUUUAAACACUUAAAAUAAUAUUUUAAGAAUCAAUGUUAUUUCAAUUCUUUAAAAACUUUGGUUGUUUCUCUCAAAAUUUAUAGCUUUAGUCUUUUUUUUUUUUUUUUGCUAGUGUUUAUUUACCUUAGGCCGCGGUUUGCAUUGAUUUGCCAUCGGCCCGAGGGAUAAUUGCUAACUCCAUUGAAAACAACGCUUUAUAUCAUGUUUUCAAAAUCAAGACAAGAAGGUUAUGUAUUGAUAAUGUGUAGCUAAAUAAAUAAUGUUAGUCUUAUCAUGAACACUUGUCAUGCUCAAAACCAUUCCAUGAUUUGGUGCUAACUGUAGCCUAUUGUUGAUUGAAAUUAUGUCUUAACUGCAUCGGUUGAAUUAUCUUAGAUUAACCAGUUCAAAAUUUUUGAAGUUAUCUUUUCUUUAAGAUUACUAAUUAAUAAAGCCCAUGAAAAUUUUCUUUAAACGCCAAUUAUGUCUUAAGGUAGACAUAAUUAAAUUAAAUUUACAUUAUUGAUGUUUUGAACAAAGCAUUUGGUUAAAUUUAUAUUGUAAUUUGAAUGUUUUUCUUUUAGCGAAUUUUCUAUAUAGGGAAUAACUCCGAAUAAGCUAUUACCAUAUGUCUUAUGGUAAGACCUAAACAUAGGCCAGUUCACUUUUUCGUUUUGAUAUCCCCAGAGGCCAAAAAACCAUCCGGUCAAAUUUAAAUAUAUAUGAUAUAAGUGUGUGUUUGUGUGUGUCCGUUUGCACCAUAACUCGAGUAAAAAUCGUCCAAUUUUGAUGAAAUUCUUAAAUUGAUACAAACGUGUAAACCUGUAUUUAUUCAAAUGAGUUUGUGAGCCAACAUGAUUGGACAUGGAUGGUUAAAUAUAUAACUUAACUUAUAACUAACUAAAUAUAUUGUAUCGUUAUACUUACUACCAGUAAAUUUGUAUGGUCUCGUUAACAUUAAAUUGUAAUACACUAUGUCAAUUUUAAGUAUGAGAUGUUAGUGAAAUUUGUACUCCAAAGUUUAGAAUGUCUAUUUUUGAAUUGCCUGAUAUUCAAUUCAAUUUGUUACUAGUUAUAAAUUGUUAUCAUAAAAAUCUGUACUACGUUGAAAUUUAGAUAAUUUAUCUAUUAAUAAGUUUAAAAUUACUUAACUCACUUGUGUUAGCCAAUAUAAGUAUAAUUGCUGUUAAGGUUUUACUAAUAUUCAAGAACAAUCUUUUUUUGUACGUUUUCUAAAAUGUUACACUUUUAUGUGAGGGAUUCACUAUUUAUAUUGAGGUUUCCUUUUGAAAUGUAUUUUUUCGUAAAUAUAUGUGUUUAAAUUAAAAGUUUUAUUUUGUGUGUCAAAUGCUGUAAAAUUUACGCUGAUACAGGGUAUAAAUGGAAUUUAAAUGUUAAAUGUUGUUUUCUAAAAGAAAAAUAAUUAUAAUAGAGAGACAAUCAGUGUAGUAUUGUUGAAUGUUUUCAUCGAAGAUGUUUUGAAUAAAUGUUUGUUGUUAUUAAUUUGAAA